AUGACGGCGGGAUACGUGCAUUUGAGUGCAGUAGGAGCUCUGGCGUACGGGAAAUUUAUUGCGUCGUGCGUUGAGGGGGUGCCACCGUUGGCGCGGCAACUGUUGGACAGCCUGUAUAGCAUGGCUGCAGGGGCUGUGAAUUUGAGUGAGAUCGCGGAGGGAAGAUGGGAUGUUUGCUGCGUCGUGCAUUGCGAGGGUGGCAUCGUUGAGGCGAGAACUUCUGGAGAGGCUGCGCAGUACGUGGAUGUGGGGUGCUUGGAGACGCCUGAGCUUUGGUUCAUCCGUGCUAUGGUCUUUGCUUGUUCCUUAGUGUUCGCAACAUGGGCAUUACCCAAUAAUCUUAACGAUGUGGUUGUGGCUCCUCCUUGUUCCUUAGUGUUCAACAACGCGCAGUGUGCAAUAAUGUUGCGCGAGCGGUUGGCAGUGUGGCCGUUCCUCCAUGCGCAGGGUUUCAAUAAUAUUUCCGGUGCAUUUGGCAUUGUGGAGUUAGGGAUAUUAACUGCGUUGCACAUUUGGGUGACGCCAUCGUUGGGGCGAGAACUGGUGGGGAGGCUGUACGGUAUGGCUGCAGGAUAUGUGGAUUUGA